AUGGACGUCACUGACCCUCUUCCCGAUGAGCCUGAGAAACCUGGCGAGUUCCCGCUGUCCUGGAAGAUCACUGCCCUUGUCUGCGGCCUGAUGUUGUCCUGGGGCUCGUCCUUCUCGGAAAAUACCCUUGGGCCUCUGAAGAAGACUCUCAUCAAGGAACUAGACAUCACCAAUGCUCAGUAUGGCGCCAUUUCUUCGGCCACCUCACUGGUCAACAGCAUUCUUCCCAUUUUGGGUGGAUAUGGUCUCGAUCACUAUGGUGUUGAGUGGGGUUCGUUGAUCUGCUCGGUUGCCAUCUUUCUAGGAGCCGUCGUUUCAGCGGCUGGUUCCAACCAAGAUUCUUUCGGCCUCGUUAUGGGCGGUCGAAUUAUCAUGGGCUUUGGAAGUACCGUCAUUGAGACUUGUACAUCCAAGAUCCUGGCUCAUUGGUUCCAACAUCGUGGACUUGGUCUCGUGUAUGGCCUUGACUUGUCUAUUGGCAAACUCAUUGUUCUCGCCGCCAAGGCCUCAGCUGUCCCGAUGAGGGAUGCCUCAAGUUUCUGGGGCUGGGCACUGUGGAUUCCAGCCAUUGUUUGCUUCGUCAAUCUGCUGCAGAACAUCUUCUACGUUUGGUGGGCGCGAAGCCGACCAGAAUGGACCCAGAUGCCCACUGGUCAGAGAAAGGCCAAAGAGGAGGGAAGGUGCCGUGCAGCUGUGGGGCAAGGCCAAGUUGUCAUGGGUGAUGAAAAUGUCGAUACUGCCACCAAACGCACUGGUUGGACAUCCUCUCUCCCAAACUGGAGAACACUGAUUCGCGUGCCGCGAUUCUUCUGGCUGGUAGUUUGCACUCAGAUCCUUCAAGCAGGCACUGUCGGUGGGUUUAACGGGCUCAACGCCGAUAUCAUCACCCAGACCCGAGGAUCAACUGAGCAGUUGGCUGGAUACACAUCAGCUCUACAGCAGGUCAUUCCUGUUGUCUGCGCUCCCCUGAUUGGUUCUUUCUUCGAUUUCUUCGGCUACAGAAUGGCGUUUGUGAGUGCCACAUCAGUCAUCUGGAUCUUGGUUUACUGCCUCAUUGGUUUUACCAAGGUCAACGCUCUUGGUGCCAUGAUCAUCGCCUCAGUGGCAUCGACUAUGAAUGCCCUUCCCUUUCUGGCAUCCAUCCCCCUCAUGGUUCCAAGCCAGCUCGAACUGGGUCUUGUCUUUGGCAUCUGGAAGGCUUUCAACAAUAGCGGCAGUGUUAUCGUUGAUAUGAUUGCUGGUCGGCUACAGGACCUCACCCCAGGCCAAACCUAUGAACGCGUCGUCGGCUUCUUCGUGGCUGUCAAAGGACUGGAGUUUUGCCUAGGACUCUUCUAUGGCGUCCUCGAUAGAAGGUAUCUUGCGGGUAUUCUUACGAUGAGUGAGAAGAAGCGGCUGGUGGUUGAAAAGGCAGGUGAACUCGGAGCCCCUGUGGGACGGAAACCCGCCAAGUCUUUCACGUUUGUUGGCAUUGGGCUUCUAUGCAGCAUGAUCAUCAUCUCUUGGGUCUUGUUUAUCCGCUACUCGAUUUAA